UGUAUCCCUCCGCCGCCUCGGCCUCAGCUUCGGGUGGUCCCGCCCGGCCUCUCAUUGCUCUCCCUGGCCGGUGGAGAAGGCCUGAGGAGGGCGGGAUGGAGGCCGUGCCGCGGAUGCCGAUGAUCUGGCUGGACCUCAAGGAGGCCGGGGAGUUCGCCUUUCAGCCCGCCGUCAAGAAGUUUGUCCUGAAGAACUAUGGUGAGAAUCCAGAGAACUACAAUGAAGAGCUGAAGAAGCUGGAGCAGCUGAGGCAGAAUGCUGUCAACGUGCCCAGGGACUUUGAGGGCUGCAGCAUCCUGCGCAAGUACUUUGGGCAGCUACACUACCUGCAGAGCCGCAUCCCCAUGGGGGCCGAGCAUGAGGCAGCCGUCCCCAUCACCUGGACUGAGAUCUUCUCUGGAAAAGCGGUUACUCACGAAGACAUCAAGUAUGAACAGGCCUGCAUCCUCUACAAUCUAGGUGCCUUGCAUUCCAUGCUGGGAGCCAUGGACAAAAGGGUCUCAGAGGAGGGCAUGAAGGUCUCCUGCACCCAUUUCCAGUGCGCGGCCGGAGCAUUCACGUACCUUCGGGACCAUUUCCCUCAUUCCUACAGCGUCGACAUGAGCCACCAGAUCCUUAACCUCAACAUCAACCUCAUGCUGGGCCAAGCCCAGGAGUGCCUCCUUGAGAAGUCAAUGCUGGACAACCGGAAGAGCUUCCUGGUGGCCAGGAUUAGCGCUCAGGUGGUAGAUUACUACAAAGAGGCCUGCCGGGCUUUGGAGAACUCUGAGACGGCCUCUUUGCUGGGGAAGAUCCAGAAGGACUGGAAGAAGUUGGUCCAAAUGAAGAUCUACUAUUUUGCGGCUGUGGCCCAUUUGCACAUGGGGAAGCAGGCCGAGGAGCAGCAGAAGUAUGGCGAGAGGGUCAUCUACUUCCAGAGCGCCCUGGACAAGCUCAACGAAGCUAUCAAACUGGCCAAGGGCCAGCCAGAAACUGUGCAGGAAGCCUUGAGGUUCACCAUGGAUGUCAUUGGCGGGAAGUACAACUCUGCCAAAAAGGACAACGACUUCAUCUACCACGAAGCCGUCCCUGCCCUGGACACCUUGCAGUCCGUGAAAGGUGCCCCCCUGGUGAAGGCCCUUCCGGUCAACCCCACGGACCCCGCCGUGACCGGCCCCGAUAUUUUUGCCAAACUGGUCCCCAUGGCUGCCCACGAAGCAUCCUCCCUCUACAGUGAGGAGAAGGCCAAGCUGCUGAGGGAAGUCAUGGCCAAGAUCGAGGCGAAGAACGAAGUCCUUGAGCAGUUCAUGGACUCCCUGCAGCUGGAUCCAGAGACCGUCGACAACCUGGACAUGUACGACCACAUUCCGCCCGUCUUGAUGGAGAAAUGCGCGGCCCUGAGCGUGCGCCCAGAGACCGUGAAGAACCUGGUCCAGUCCAUGCAAGUCCUCUCGGGGGUCUUUACGGAUGUGGAGGCCUCUCUGCGGGAGAUCAAGGACCUUCUGGACGAAGACGAGGCCCAAGAGCAGAAGCAGCGGGAGGCGCUGGGCAAAGCCGCUCCACAGCCCCCCUCCUCCUCCUCCCCGGGGCUGGCCGAAGUGUCCAAGGAGUGGGCCAAGUACAUGGAGGUGCACGAGAAGGCCAGCUUCACCAACACCGAGCUGCACAAGGCUAUGAACCUCCACAUCAGCAACCUGCGCCUGCUCAGCGGGCCCUUGGAGCAAGUGAGGGCGGCCCUACCCAGCCCUAGCUUGACCGAAGAGGACCAGCAGGUGAUGCAGAACCUGAAGCGGAUCCUGUCCAAAGUGCAGGAGAUGAAGGAUCAGCGGGUCUCCUUAGAGCAGCAGCUGCGGGAGAUGAUCCAGAAGGACGACAUCACCACCUCCCUGGUCACCACCGACCGGUCCGAGAUGAAGAAACUCUUUGAGGAGCAGCUGAAGAAGUACGACCAGAUCAAGGUCUACCUGGAGCAGAACCUGGCGGCCCAGGAGAACAUCCUCAAGGCCCUGACCGAAGCCAACGUCAAGUAUGCCACCGUGCGCAAGGCCUUGUCAGAAGUGGAGCACAAGUGGAACACAACCCUGCAGUCGCUGGUGGCCUCUUACGAAGCGUAUGAAGACCUGAUGAAGAAGUCCCAGGAGGGGAAGGACUUCUAUGCCGACCUGGAGAACAAAGUGGCCAAGCUCCUGGAGAAGGGCCGGGCGGCCUGCAAAGCGGCCGAAGCAGCCAGGCAGCAGGCUUUGGCAAAGGAGGCAAAGAUGAGGCCCCCGCCCAGGCCUACGACCCCGAAACCACCGCUUCAGAAGAAGCCUAUGGAUCCGGAGGGGGUUGAGAUGAUGCCGGCCCUGGCCUCCCUCUCUUUGGCCGACCUGCCGGAGGAGCUGAGGAGCCUCCCGCCUGAGGUGCUGGCCUCCCACCUGGCGCAGCUGCCCCCCGAUGCCCUGGCGGCCCUCGGCAUGGACCCGGCCUUUGCCUGCGCAGGCAUGGGGGGUCCAGGCCUUGAGGCCUUUGGGGCCACUCCUUUGCCGCCCCCCAGAGCAAGCCAGCCCCAGGCUCCCUUCAGCCCGGGACACUUCAUGGCGGGGGGCCCCAUGCCUGGGCAGUACCAGCCCCCCAGAGCCCCCGCUGCUGCCUCUGGACAGAGGCCUUUCCCUGGGGUCUCGGUGCCGGCCCCCUUCCCCACCCACCAGAUGCCGCCUCCCAUGCCUCGGGCGGGCCUCCCUCCGAUGAGCUCUGCUCCUGCAGCGGUCCCCAGCCCUCAGGUGUAUCCAACGAGGACCAUUGUACAGGGGCCCCCCUUGGCCCCCGGGCAGCCACCCUACCCGGGGCCUCCGCUGCCCCCCCAGCACACAUCCCCCCAGCACAUCCCCAUGUCAGUCUCUGCCUCGGGCGGGGGUUACGUCAUGGGCCGUCCAACCCACGGGAAUGUAGUGGUGGCCCCAGCGCAGCCCAUGCCUCUGGCGGUGAGGCCCACCACUGUAGUUCCGCACCAGAACUUUGGGGUCCACAACUUCCCCUCUCAGGCGCAGGUCAUCCGCCCGGCCACCACCACCGUAGACAGCAUCCAGGGCCCCAUCUCCAGCUGCUCCGCCCCCAGGGGGGUCACCGGCCCGGUCUCUCAUUGGGCAGCGCCCCCUCCUCCUCCGCAGGGAGGGUUUGUGGGACCCCAAGGGCCCGCCGCCCAGUAUCCUUACGGACAAGUGAGUGGGCCUCCCUACAUGUCACCGGCCGUGGCUCCUUACUCUGCCGCUCAGCCCCAUCCACAGCCCGGCUUCCCUCCUCAUGGGCAUCACCAGAGCCCUCUUGACCGGCAGGCCCAGCCUCAGGCAAUUACGGGCCAGCCGUACCAAGCUCAGUUCCUGCCCCGAGGGCAGCCCCCCCAACAGGGCCCCUUCCAGGGCCCCUUCCCUCCCCAGGCUUCUGUCCCACCCACCAUCCUGAGCCAAGGUCCCGUUCACCCUACGGUCCAAGGACAGAUCCCAGGGCAGAUGGCUCCCCAGCAUUACCAGUUGCCAGACAAGAUGCCCCCUCCGCUGGCACUUCCUCCCCACUCCGGGGCCAUGGCCUUCCCAGCCCAGGUCCCCAGGGGCUCCAGCAUCACAGUGGGCCUGGUGGGGCCUGGACAGCCGCUGCCCUUGCGUCCUUCGCACGCCGCUGUCGCCAUGCAGCCCAUGCCCCCAGCAGCCCAAGGGGCCUACGGUCCGGUUGCCGCCCAGAUGCCCCCAGGACCACAGCAGCCACCGCCCCCUCCACCGCCCAGCCCAGGACUGGCCCAGAUGACUGGAGGGGUGGUGGUUCCGGGAGCCGCCCUGCCCUCGCCAGCCCCCUCCCCACAGCCGCAGCCCCCCAUGGCCCUGCAGGCCCCACCCUCCUCGCUGCAGGGCCCCUCCGAGACCCCCUUCCACCGGCAGGGCUCCUCCUCCUCCACCACGGACGACCUGCUGUCCUCUAGCCCGGAGAGCCAGCAUGGUGGGCCCAAGGCAGCGGUGGGGCAGCCCUUGCUGCAGCCCACCAAAGCGGACGCCAAGGAUGGCCUGCGACCCAAGGCGGUGCAGCUGAUCGAGAACGACCCCUAUGAGAAGCCCGAGCGUCUGCGGAGGCUGCUCUCGGAGCUGGAGCGCUUCCAGGAGGCAGUGGCGGCGCUGGGGAGACCCGGUCCCGGGGGCACGGAGCUGGACGGCCUGUGGAAGGAGCUGCAGGAGGCCCAGGAGAAGGAGGCCCGGCAGCGCUCCAUCGCCAUCGCCCGCUGCUACGCCAUGAAGAACCGGCACCAGGACAUCAUGCCCUACGACAAGAACCGCGUGGUGCUGCAGUCCGGGAAGGACGACUAUAUCAACGCCAGCCGGAUCGAGGACCUCUCCUCCUACUGCCCCACCAUCAUCGCCACCCAGGCCCCACUGGUGGGCACCGCCUCUGACUUUUGGCUCAUGAUCUACGAGCAGAAGGUCUCCGUGGUGGUCAUGCUGGUUUCCGAGCAGGAGAUGGAGAAGCAAAAGGUAGUGCGCUACUUCCCAACGGAGCGAGGGCAGCCCAUGGUCCAGGGCCUCAUCACACUGGUGCUGACCAGCCAGAAGGCCACUCCGACCCACACCGAGCGCAUGAUCAGCCUCCAGUUCCGGGACCAGAGCCUCAAGCGCACCAUCAUCCACCUGCAGUUCUCCUCCUGGCCUGAGCUCGGCCUCCCCGACAGCAAAGGUGUCCUGCUCCGCUUCAUCCAGGAGGUGCACAGCCACUACCUGCACCAGCGCCCGCUGCACAUGCCCAUCGUGGUCCAUUGCAGCUCUGGUGUCGGGCGCACGGGGGCCUUCUGCCUACUCUACGCCGCAAUGCAGGAAGUGGAGGCUGGGAACAGCAUCCCGGACUUGGCCCAGAUGGUGAAGAGGAUCCGCCAACAGAGGAAGCACAUGCUGCAGGAGAAGCUCCACCUCAAGUUCUGCUUCGAGGCGGUCCUGAAACACGCCAAGCAGGUCCUGCAGAGGCACGGGGUCAUCGCCGCCUCCUCCGCCUGCAAGCCUCCCAGCAGCACCUCCGGCCCCCAGAAGCCGUACGUCCACCAAGACCCUCAGGACCUGGUCCUGGGGGGCGACAUGCCCAUCAGCUCCAUCCAGGCCACCAUUGCCAAGCUCAGCAUCCGGCCGCCUUCCGGAGGGGGAGAAACGUCCGCUGCCAACGGUCAGCCCCUGAUGGAGCCCUCCAUGACCAAUGCCGGCACUUUCCCAGCAGCUGCUCCUUAUCCGGCCGUGCCAGACCCACCGGUGUCUGUGGUCCCAGAGCAGCCACCCCCUCCGCCCCUCUCUCCCCCCGCCGUGGGGCCAGAGGCUCCAUCAGAGAACAGCAACCAUGUGGAAGAGGUGGAGACAGAGGAGGGACCCCCUGACUUGGAUGCUGCCUCCGCCCUUGCCUCCUCCGCGGUGGCCCCUUCCUCCUCCUCGCUGGAGCUGCUGGCCUCCCUCACGCCUGAGGCCUUCACCCUGGACAGCGCCCUCAAGGGCCGGCAGCGGGUCAGCAAGCAGAGCUUCCUCCAGCCCCAGAACGGGGAGGGCCUGCGAGGGUCCCGGCCCAGCGACGACCCCCUCAGCCUGCUGGACCCGCUCUGGACCCUCAACAAGACGUGAGCAGAAUGGAGCGGAAGGAGGGCAAGCAGACUCUGCGGCUGUUGGGAUUUCCCCAUUUCUCUGGGGUGGGAGAGGGAGCCGGCUGGUUUCACACAACAAGAACAUGGCCAGGAGAUGGUUCUCCUUCACCUGCUUUCUGAGCAGACGGGUUCCCCAAAGGCUGUGGACGAGGAAGAUUCCCGAAGAUUUCUCUCUCUGUUACAUCCUGCCCCCCUUCCUUCUCUGCCUCAAAGAGGGGUGGGACUCCUGGGCUCCUCUUGAUGCGGUUUGCAUGCGCCCUUCACCAUUGUUCCUGCUGGCAAGUGGUGGUCAGAGAAGUCUCCGCAGAUCUGUGUGAGCCAGACCCACUCCUGUAGCACCCAGGGAAGGGCACAGGGGUGUUGUCAAUGCCCCAUUGCUGGGUGAAUCUGCACGGGUUUCUGCACAAGGAGGCUUGGCUGCCCCACAUGGACUUCACCUCCGGACUCUUCCAACCUCAAGAGAGGUUCACAUGGGCUCUGCAUUGUGCUCCACCAGCCCCACAGACCUCUCUCUCUUGCUCUUUUGGGAAGGAAAGGAAGGCGCCGCCCAGUGCCUUGCACCAUCCGCAUUGUGAUCAGCACCCCUUCCUCCGCUCUUCCUCGUCUCGGCUGUUGCUCACUUGCCUUUGGAGGGAAUAAUGCCCACAGAAGGGAGUCCUGGCAGGAGCAGCGUUUGUGUGACUCUCCCAGAACGGUUUGCUGCUGCUCUCCUCCACAAGUGCUUUGUCCAUUUUGAGGGCAGAGCGCAACGUCCAUGGGUUUCACCCUCUGCUGCCAAAGCUCCUCUUGGUUUUCCAGCCAGGCUCUCCGUGGCUGCCUCCAAGCCUUUUUUUUUGGG